AUGUCUCCACACGGCCCGCACAGAUCCUCCGCUUUGCCCGAUGCAAAUCACGACAUCGCAGGUUCCUCCGAGACCGUGGACACACAGCUAGACGUCUGGGCAGUUGAUGUCCCUCGCGAAGACGAUAUGGAUACUCGACUUGUCAACUGGUCACCUACUUCCCCUGAUGUCAAUCAGCACAUCACAGACUCUUCUAUGAAGACCCAAAUUGACAUCCAUCAACCUUCCGUUCCCUCAGUCUCAAACCUGAGUUCGUCUUUCUCUACAGAGUGCAGUAUCUCGGAACCACGAGCGAUCAUAGAUCCAUUCGGAAGCUUACCAUGGUUUGGUCUUGAAGAAGUUCUGUUCAACUUGCCUGACUUGUCGACCUUGCAUCAAUUGUGUCAAGCUUCACCGGCUGUGUCUGACUAUCUCAGCGAUAAGACUGGAAUAUUUCCAAAGGUUGUUGAAAGGAUCAUGGACCCGUGUAUUGAACCUCAGACUGGGAGUAGCAUCCGGGAGCCUGACCGGGGUUUCUUCUCAGAUACCUCUGCUUUCUUUCGAACUCUAGUCUAUCUCUGGUGGAAAGAGGAUUCGGUGGCUACAGGUAUGCCUGCGGAUGAAAACCCGUUGCCGGAUGCUUUCGACGACAAGCGUCUCUACUGCGUCAAUAUCAGUGUAGCGGAAUUCCCGGAGCCCCCGCACGUCGGGUUGAUUCCCCUCCCAUCUUCAACUCCGCCGAAGAUUCUGCGCCAUCUGCUAAGUCUGGCAAGUCGCAUCCGGGGAGAUGCCCAUGCUUUUUUCCACGCCGCCAUGGCUCAUUUCAAGUCUGCCAAAAUCGAGGAGCUCCCUUCCAAGUCGUCGUUCGGCAACAAGAUACAGUGGGAAGAAGACGGGAUUCGUCGUCCUCGUGGCAUUCCGCUUGACAUCAGUGGCGCGGAUUGGCCUCUCACUUGGCUUGAGGAGCAGCGGUUGAUCCACGCCCUGCUAAAGCCGUACAUUUUCUCGGUACUGCGCCGUAUGGUCUGCGAAGAAAAGGUUUUGACAACCAACGCCACUCCCUCUUCCCUUGAAAUUCCACGGGAAGCAACACUCCAGGACCUCGAAAAGGAUGCGGUGGUAGGCUUCUGGGGGCCUUUAAAAGACACUGACAUGGGUCAAAUGACUCUAAGGGAAGACGCAUCACUUGAACAGCUGGAGACCAUCCUUACCUGGAAAGAGUGGCAGAGACGAACGUACGGAAAGCUAGGCAAGCGAGAAGCCAAGUUUACGACCUGCUGCCCAAAGUUUACCAGGUCGUACAAUGGGCAACUCGCGAGCCUACGGACCCUCCAAGAUGAGUCGCUUCUCGGGCCAUUUUUUGCACAGAAGUGCUUUCACACGGUUGUGAGAGACGCUGGCCUUCGUGGAGACUUCCACAAGUUCGGCGUAAGCUUCUGGGACUCGAACAGAAUGAUGGACUUGGAGCUCGUGACCAAAGAGAUGAACCGGGCAGGCCCGAAGAGAGAUCUGGCGCUUCGCUGGUUGACUCUGCUGUUGUCGACCAGCCGUCGCAGGAAGUACGGCCAGAAAAGGCCGAAUCGAUUCCGGAGUCACACAGAGGCUAUUACGGUAGCCAAGUAG